AUGUAUAAUUCUUGUGUAAUAAAAAUAUAUAAUGUAUGGAAUCAUUCAAAGAGAAAUUUAUUAAAAAAGGAAUUUUGCUCAAAUAACUUUGAAUAUAGUUCACCUAAUGUAAUUUUAAAAUUUAAAAAUACACCAAUUAUUGCAAGAAAUACUGAAAAAAAUAAAAAUUCUAAUUCUCAGAAUUUUCCUGAUAGUAACGAUGAAUUUUUUGAGUUGAUUAAAAAAAGUUUUAAAGAAAACAAAAAUAAUUUGAGCUUAUGGAAUAGUUAUUGUAGAGAAACUAUGUAUAGAAUAAAUGAAAAAAAUAUUCACCCUAAAAUUAUUACAAAUGUAUUUUCCUUUUUAUCAUAUACUGAUUAUAAAAAUGACAGAAUUCUUAGUGAAAUAUUAAAUCGCUGCAUUCUUCGCUUAAAAGAAUUUGAUUUAAUUCAUAUAUGUUCUUUAAUUAAUUCCUUAAGUAAAAUGAAUUUUAGAAAUAUAUAUUUUUUAGAAGAAGCAAAAAAAAAAAUAAUUAGUGAAAAUAACGUUUAUUUUGAAAAACAUUCACCACAUUAUAUCUGUCUUUUGAUGAAUAGUUUAAUAAAAUUAAAUUUUUGUGAUGAGGAAUUUUUAAAUUUCCUAUUAGAAAAGAUAUGCAAUAGAAAAGUGGAAGAAUACAGUUUGCUAGGUUUAAGUCUUUUAUUAUAUAAUAUUUCAAAAUUAAAAUUUAAAAAAUAUUAUAACUUCUUUUCAUUAUUUGAAUGCCAUAUAAUAAAACAAAAAAACGAUUUCGGUGUUAUACAAAUAGUAAACAUUUUAAGUGCUUAUAAUAAUGUUAAUUUAUUAAAGGAUUUUUUUUUGACACAAAUGUUAGAUUGUAUAAAUAAGCAACUUCAUUUUUGUUCUCUUCAUCACUUAAUAAGAUUAUUAAGUAUUUCCUUUUCAUUUGUUUCUGAAAAGGAAAAAAAUGAUUUGUUACCUGAUAGUAAUAUAAAAAAAAUAUGUGAAAUAUGCUCAUAUAUAGCAAAGGAAAUCUAUAUAAAAUUAAAUAAGUGUAAAAAGAAAGAUAUUGUCUUAUUAUGUUCUACUUUGAGUAUUCAUAAAGGGUUGGUGCAAAAUAAAAAUAAUCCAAAUUUUAAUUUUUUUCAAAUUAUGAAUGUAAAUGAGAUAUUCCAAAAGAUAACUUUAAAUAUAAAAAAAUUUAUAAACUUUUAUAAUAGUGUAGAGAUGUCUAUAAUAUUAUAUUGUUACUCUAUUUAUGAAAUUAAUGAUAUUCUUUUGUUUAAUUAUAUAAAAUUAAGGAGUUUGCGAAUUUUUUCAACUUUUGAUGAAAAAACAUUUUCGUAUUUGUUUAAAGCAUUUAAAAAUAUGAAUAUUAAAGAUAUCGUAUUUGAAAAAUCAUGCGUAAACAAAAUAUUAGAAAUUAAAGAAUUUAAUUCAAUAAAAAAUUUUUGUAUGACCUUGUCAGCUUUUUCUAAAGUAAAAUAUGAACAAAAAUUAGAAAUUUCAGAUAUAUUUUUCAUAAAUUUUAGGAAAUUCAUGCUAAAUUCUUAUGAUACAAAAAAUCAUUUAUUUUAUUUAUACAAUAAAGAGGAAGAAUUAAAUAAUGAUUUUGGAAAUAAUCAAAAAAAAAAAAAGCAUAGUCAUUCCUUUUUAAACACACAUAUAAACGAUUUUAUAUUUAAGGAGAAAGAUAACACAAAAGAAGAGGCAGUUAAAGUGAUGGAUAAAAAUGUAAAUAGUGAAGAACAAAAUAAUGAAGAAAGUAAUAAAAGCAUAGAAAUAAUAAUAAAUAGGGAGUUAAAUAAGAAUAAAGAAGAAAAAAAAAUUCAAAAAAUGAAUGGAAAUAUAAUAAGCUUGUCAGUGUUUCUUUUCUCUAAGAUUAAAAAUUUUAAUCCAACUAAUUUAAUAAAAUUAUUAGUUUGCCAAUUUGAAAAUUAUAAAAAUGAUUUAUCAACUGAAAACUGUAUAAAUAUCUUACUAUCUAUUUCUUAUCUUUCUAUGAAUAUGAAAAAUGUAGAAAAUAAGCAGUACUGGAAAUCAUAUUAUAAUUAUGUCAAUUUUUUAGUGAGAAGGAUUUUAAUAAGUAGUGAUUUAUACAAAAAUAAAUCUUUUUUAAUAAAUUUUUUAAGUGCUUGUGGGAAAAUUUUUCACUCUUUUAUAACAUGUAUAAAAAAAGAUGAAAAAAAAGAUUUUUAUUUCAAAAAUAUAUUAGACAUUUUAAUAAAACAUAUAUAUCCUUACAUUAAUGAAUUAAAUAUAGGUGAAAUUGGUAUUUUAAUGGAGAGCUUAAAUAAAGAAAAUUAUUCAUACGAAGCGACUAGUUUAAUCUUAAAAAACGACUCUAAUAUGUUUUUCUCUUCAUUAUUACAAAGGUGUAAGCUAUUAUUAAGUGAAAAGAGUGUAAAUAAUAAAAAUUCUAUAAUUAUUAUGAGCAAUUUAAUAAAGAUCGAAUUUUUUGAUAAAUGUCUAUUUAAUUUAAUGAUUAAAAAUUGUGUUCUCCAAUUUUUUUGCUUAAGAUCAAUUAAUUUUAUUUCUCAAGGUAUACAUUAUAUAUGUUCAUAUAUUUUAUUAAAAGAACACAUUAUUGUAACAAGAAAAAUAUUUUUAUUAAAAUUUUUAUUAAAAAAAUUACAUGAAUUACUUAUAAAUGAAGAAAUUGUUUUAUAUUCUAAUAAUAAUAAAUUAAUUGUAUUAAAAGAAAGUUUGGAUAAAUUAUCAAAUGAUAUUUUAUUUAUUAAAUCUAUUAAACUCCUUUAUGAAUCAUUUUUAAUAAUAUUAUUUCAUAUAUCAGACAUAAAUUUUAACAUAAAAAAAUCUGAAAUGAUAUAUUAUUAUAAUAACAAUCAUAACAUAAUUAUUUUACUGAAUAAUGCUUUCAUGCUACAUUUGUUCUUAGCAAUUUUUACAAUAGCUGAAACACUGAAAAAAAAGUGCUGUAAUAUAGAUAAUGAAAAAUAUUUUCAUAUAAUAGAGCAAAUACAUAAAAAUAUAAAAGAUAUUAAAAUUAAAAGCGAAUAUAUAUCUUUAGGCUUUUUUAAAUUUUUAGCUAUAAAUACCUAG